CAUGAGCGCCGCUCUCUCAGUUCCCAUUUCCGUUCAUGGCCGUCAGCUCCAAUUAGGAAUUUGAUUCCCCAUUAGGUUUCUCUCUUCUGUAAAUUCCUUGUUCCAAACUCCAAUCUACCCAACUCUCCUCUUCCUCCGCCCAUUUCAGAGCAGAGAUGGCCGGAGGCAGCAAUCAUCAGCCCAAGGGACAAUCUGAUAAGCCACCGUCUUCUUCUUCAUCAUCUCAUCGUAAGUCCCGUGGUGAAUCCAGCAAGUAUAAUCCUUCAUCCUCAAAGCAAACCCAAGAUUCCAGACCUCACAAACCCUCUUCAAACCCUAGAGAGAAGGAACUAGCCCCUUCUAUCCUCGGCCCAUCUCCUGCACAAGCCCAUACAAAGGCGCCGAUGGAACAUGAAAGAAUUCGCUCUCACCAUCCUGGAGCAUUAAUUCCCUUCCCACCAGAAGCACCGGCCCCACCUCCGAUGCCGGCGUAUGGAUUCCACAUGCUGGAGAGGAGGUCCAUCUUUCUCGCUGAUGGUAGUGUUAGAUCGUACUUGGCUCUUCCGCCGGAUUAUAGGGACUUUGAUCCACCUCGCUCCUUGCCGUUCUUACAUCAGGGGAAAGAAAUGCUUCCUCCUGGUAUGGGUAUGGAUAAGCGUUUCCUUCCAUUGGGACCCAUGAGUCCAGAAUUUGGACGUCAUGGCGAUUCUUCUUUGAUGCGUGAAAGGAACCAGGAUUACUGGAACUCACUUGGGCUUGAUGGCCGGAUGAGCGGGGCACCAAUGCCGAUGGAGAAUAUGUUGAAGAGAAGGUACGGUGAUGAGAGAGAAUCGAAGGAUGGGCAUGAUCUAUUUGCGAGGCAAAGACAGCAGCUUCUACAGUAUGGGAAUGCAGGUGCAGGUGCAGGUAGAGAUGGAUACCCCCCUCCGCCUAUUGGUGGAAGGGCUGAUUUUAUGGCGGGAACUAGCAAUAAUCCUUAUCAGAGAGAGCUUCCAGAUUUUGGUGUAGGUGGUGAACUGAGGGCUUCCAAAUACAUGAGAGUUAGUACUGGAAGUAGUGAAACCGUGGGUCUUAGGCAUAAUGACGUUGAUCAGGAAGCCCUGAAAAAGGCCUUUUUGCAUUUCUUGAAGUCGAUUAACGAGAAUGCUGGCUUAAAGAAGAAUUACUUGGAAAACGGAAAGCAGGGUCCUAUUCAAUGUGUUGUCUGUGGCAGGUCUUCUAAAGAUUUUCAGGAUGUGCAUAAUCUUGUAAUGCAUGCAUACAAUUCAGACAAGCCAGAUUUGCUAAUUGAUCACUUGGGUUUACACAAAGCUAUUUGUGUUCUGAUGGGAUGGGGCUAUUCUAAAGUUCCAGAUAACUUCAAAUUGUACCAGUUAAUUUCUGCUGAGGAUGCUGCUGCAAACCAGGAUGAUAUGAUUCUAUGGCCACCAGUCGUAAUUAUUAUGAAUACAAGUACUGGAAAGAGUAAAGAUGGACGCUCUGAAGGUCUGGGAAACAGAGCAAUGGACAUGAAAAUUAGAGAUCUCGGAUUUGGUACUGGAAAAUCAAGAACCUUGUAUGGAAAAGAUGGUCAUAUGGGUGUAACCCUAAUUAAGUUUCCUAGUGACAAAUCUGGUCUGACAGAAGCUAUAAGAUUAUCAGAGCAUUUCGAGAGAGAAAAUCAUGGGAGGAGAGGUUGGACAAGAGUGCAGUCAUCCAUAUCAAACCGGGAUGAUGAAACCAAAAAUCCUAACCUUGUGAAGUUGGAUGUGAAGACGGGUGAGAGGGGCAGAGUCCUUUAUGGGUUUGUUGGAACUGUUUUUGAUCUGGAGAAGCUUGAUUUUGAGACAAGGAAAAAGGUUGGAAUUGAAAGCAAAAAAGAGUACUUGUCCUCAAGUAAUAGGGGGAGAGCUUAAAAUAUAUCUCAGAUUUAAAGAUAUGGAUAGACAGACAAGAUAGACAGACAAACAGACAAAUAGUGUUGAGACUGGGGAAAUGGAGCUCCUUUGGAAUGUCCUACAUUUGAUUAUUAUAUAAGGAGUUUUCUUUUUGGGUUUCUUAUAAACUUAUUUGGUUUUAGUACUUAUCCAUCCUAUACUCUUUUUUUUUUCCUUUGAUAAGGCAAGGGCCUUCAAGAGAUAGAAUUGAUCAUAUUUGCCUAUGGGGAGCCCUUGACAGUGUUUGACUAGUAUUACUUAAUCGUGAUGUUUUCAAAUAGAGUUUGGGGAUUACCAUUUGCUAAUUUUAUUUUUCUUUUGU